AUGGCUAUUGGAGAGAACUCUUCCAAGGGCCAUAUCAGGCUCACGCCGGAACUCUUUAGCAUCAAUCACCUGCAGCACUAUGUAGAAACCAGGUAUGGAUUUCUACAAGAUCUGUCUCCCGCACAAGCAGAAAAAACUCUGGAAAAAACCCCAUUCGAAAUGCCAGAAUCUGAGAAGGAUCUCGGUGAAAGCUUGCGGCGCGAGAUAAAAGACCAUCGAGCCUAUCUAGCGACCGCCUCAAUGGAAAUGGUUCAUGGGAACUACCGACAAGCCCUCGAUGCACUUGAGCAAGCCGAAUGUGGCUAUCGGAAGUACUUCGCGCGGGAUCACACCUCAAGGCUCGAGAUCUCAAGUUUUCGAGCUCUGUUGCUAGUGCUCAACUCUAAGCCUGUUGAAGCAGAGGGACUUUGCAAGACAACUCUUUCGAUAUUGAGUGAAGAGAAGGGGUAUGCGCAUCCUUUGACGCUCGUCACGAUGAGUAUCAUGGUACAAAUUCAAUUAAAUCUGUGGCGUUCCCUUCCCGCCCUCGACACCGCCACAACUUUGGUCCGGAGAACAACUGAAAUAUUAGGCGACAGCGAUAUCUUAACUCUUCACAGUAGGACUUUAUUGGCAGCAGCGAGGUUUCAUCGAGGGGAAUAUUGUGCGUCUGAAGCAGAAUUCGAAUUAAUCAUCCCAAUUCUUGAGCGUUCUCUUAAGAGUAACCACCCAGACAUGUUUCAGCAUCAGUGCUUCCUAGCUAAAGUCUAUCUCAAAAGGGGGAAAUUUGAUACUGCAACAAAACUCUUGGUUCCAGUACUAGAGGCGAAACUUCAAGAAUAUGCUAAGAAUUCGAAGUUGAAUAAAGCAAACCUGAAAGCUGGAGAUAGCAGAGUUCCGGAAUACGGGUUGAGUGACUUCCUACGCACCUUUGUGAAGGAUCCCAAGGCAGCUUUCUUGGGCAAGAAACCCCACCCUCAGUUCCUCAAAGCUUUGUCAGUAUAUGCAGAUGUACUGUACCAACAACAAUCUUCCGCAGAUUUCGCCAUAUCGAUUCACAAAGCAGUUUGGUCGCAAGAGAAGGCAGAGCUUGGUGAUUCACAUCUUGAUACAGUGGCAACCCUCAAUCGGCUUGCUAUCAUAACAAGGGACAACGAAGAGAACGUAGGGAAUUACAUAAGAGUAAGAGGACAGCUGGAGGAUGUGAUCAGAGCCCGCGGGGAAGUUCUGGGUGGGUCUCAUAUUAUCACGCUAUGCGCCCAGCGCGAAACGUUGAUACUUGGCUAUAGAAUCAAGUCAUUGGUAAAUCCAGGUCCAUGGGCUGAAAAUGAGGAAAACGAUCCGGUCUACUUCCAAGGCAAGGACGUUUACGCUAUGUCUCAGAGAAUCUACGAUUCUCACAAGUCACAUCUCGGAAGAUUCCACCCGGAGACCAUUCAAUCCCUUCACUGGCUAUUCAAGCUAAGAGUCUCGAAGUCAUUCCAUGAACAGUCGACGGCAGUCACUGGCGAGCUCAUCCAAUGUCUAAGGGUGAUGCGAAAGGAAUCCCCGAUAUUCUCGCUAAGUCUGGAGAUUUCCGCGGCAUAUUCGUUUUACGAGUUUAAUUACUACCGCACUGCACUCCAAAUUUCGAUGAAAACCUUGCAGGCUAUUGAUCACUCUCUCGCUACGAAUAGCCAGGACAUGAGAUUUCCACUCGAGAGACUCAGGACGGAAAAUCUUGGAUUUAUUAAUCAUUUGAAGGAUAAAUUAGAGGAGGUAAGGACAUAGGUGGCGCGGAAGGUGCUUUGCUUAUGUAAGCAUCUUGGUUUUGUUACGUAAUGCGGAAUUUGGUAU